AUGUUAGAUAUUGUUAUCCGUUCCAAUACUCAUGAGAAUUUCAGACUCAAGGUGUCUUGUGCAAUACUCCCGGUAAUCACUUCCAAAUUACCUAGAAUUCCGCUAAACAAAAAUAGGUUGAAUAUUCCGUCAGAAUUCAGACUUGCUGAUCCAAAAUUUCACAUUCCAUCCGAUGUGGAUGUUCUCCUGGGCGCUGACGCCUAUUACGACAUUUUACUGCCACAAAUCCACAGGCUAGGUCCCAAACUUCCUACCCUUCAGCUGACGAGGCUCGGCUGGAUUAUUGGAGGACAAUUGCCUCCUCAGAGGGUUCCGAAACAAGGCAAGGUUUCACUCCUUUGCCAAAAUGCCUGCGAAUCCACAGAUUCAUUAGGUGAAAUUCUUUCUAGAUUCUGGGAAUUCGAAGAGCUUCCAGAGUCUAAGUUCUUAUCAGCAGACGAAGAGCUUGCUGAACAAAUUUUUAUUCAAACGCAUGUGCGUCUCAAAGAUGGUACGUUCCAAGUAGAUUUUCCGUUCAAUUGCCCCACUGAGAAGAUUCCUCUUGGGGAUUCCUUCCAUAUCGCAGAAAGGCGAUUUACCAAUUUAGAGAAACGGCUCCAAAAGAAUCAAGAAUUAUUUUCCACUUAUAAAAAUUUCAUUGAUGAAUAUGUGUCAUUGAAACAUGCCACAUAUGUUCCAUUCAAUUCCACUGACAAAUCCGCUGAGAUAAAAUAUUUCCUUCCGCAUCACUGCGUUAUCAAGGAGUCCAGUGAAACCACGAAACUCAGAGUAGUUUUCGAUGGCUCCACUAAAACUUCUACUGGAUUUUCUUUGAAUGAUCUUCUACACAAGGGUUAUCAAGUACAGCCAGAAUUGUAUGAUAUAUUUUGCCGUUUCCGUCAGCAUUCUUAUGUCCUGACCUGCGACAUUGAGAAAAUGUACCGCCAGGUUAAAAUGAAUCCAUCGCAAAGACAUCUCCAGAACAUCCUGUGGAGAAACUCCCCCCAAGAAGAGCUAAAAUGCAUUCAACUUUCCACCGUGACUUAUGGGGUCACUUCCUCCUCUUUUUUAGCAACUAGAGUUCUGAAGGAGCUCGCUUCCAAUUGUAAAGGUUUCCCGUUAGCCAAAAAGGCAUUAUUGAAACAGACGUACGUGGACGAUGUGCUCCAUGGCACAGAUUCCCUUUCCGAGUUAGAAGAUUCUUAUCAUCAACUCAAUAGUUUGUUAAAUUCUGCAGGUUUUAAACUGCACAAGUGGUCAUCCAAUUCUUCACAGUUCAGAGAAAAAUAUUGUGAAGAUCCGGAUCCAAUCAAAUACGAAAUUAAAAUGGAAGACAACCCUAGCAAGGUGUUAGGUUUAUCUUGGAAUCCCUGUUCUGACAACUUAGCAGUUUCUCUACCGAAAAUUUCUUGUAAUGAUACUCCUUCUAAGCGCAAGGCGUUAUCAAUCACUGCUCAAAUGUUUGACCCGGUAGGCUUUCUGGGCCCGUUCAUAGUUCUUGCUAAAAUUUUCCUGCAAAAACUUUGGUUAGCAAAAAUCUCCUGGGACGAACCGCUUCCUGUUGAAUUGUUCCAAGAAUGGAAUGGAUUCAUCGAUUCAAUUGAAUCCCUAAAAUUUCUUAAAAUUCCUCGAUGUUUAUUUCCCUCAAAGUCCAUUGUACAAAUCCAAAUCCACGGGUUCGCUGACAGCAGCGACGUGCUUACGGUGCCUGUUUGUACUUCAGAACUACUUAUUCCGACGAUACCGUCACAUCUCUCUUAG